UAUGGCUAGACCAAAAAACGAAAAUGACAGAAAAUGUCAAGUCAAACUUUGUCUAUACAAUAAUAUAAUACCUAUAAUAGAGAUUUCUGCUUUUUCACAUAAGCCAUGUUUUUUUAACUGUUCAUUAACUUGCUCCUGAAAAUGGUGGCGCCUAAAAGCAACCCAGUCGGAUUCAACUCGAGCGCUAAACGGUUUGGUAAAAUAACCGUUCAUCCUAAUCUAGACCCCAGCGGGCUUUAUGUCACAAGACCUGAUGGGUGCGAUCCCUGCCUCUAUUCACCAAAUCUGAUACAAAACAUAUGUGAAGCGACUCAUUACAAAAAAAUCGACAAAGAUCCUUGGAGGUACAAAAAUGAAUUAGAGGAAUGGGCGAAGAACUUGGGCUAUAGAAACCAAAGAGUUUUAGAACAAAGACAGUGGCGGCGAUCUUUACUAGGUCCUGCUUGGCAUACGGUUACAGAACUACCCAAAUAUGAACCAGCUUGCAUGAAUGUUGGAUUUAGUAGAAUAUCUCGAACGAUACCCUCGCGAAAUAAUGUACCGGGUCCAGGAACCUACUACAAAGCCGUACCUUACAAGGCACCGUAUGGCCCACACUCCACUCGGCCUACUUUUGAAAGAGAAGACUUUUGCCGAUUUAUGGAUAGAUCACCAAAGUGGUCACUCGCCCCAAACCGAUACUGUUACCUUGACAAAGACUCAAUUGAACAAAAGUCCAAAAAGGUAGUGUCACUACGCGGCCCAUACGAUCUAUUUACUGGGAAACGAGACGACAGUACAAAGAAUCACUUUAAUACAUCUAUGAAAUGCAGCGCUGCCACCUGGCCUAUAGCACUGAAAGGCAGUCUGGAGAAGUACAAGACAUCUCAUUUCGGUAAAAUGAAUAAGACAAGCAGAAGAACACCUUGCAGGGGCCGAACGGCACUUGUGGACUUGUCAAUGUGCCCGAGAAGACCAGAAGACCCUGGUUCUGCGCAUUACAAUGUAUACAAGCCUCGUGUGUUUGAACAAAACAAAAAUGCAUUUAAUAGCUCUUAUGAUAAGCCACCUGGGUAUAUUAAAGUGGUGGUAUGGCCUGGCGUAGGAAGAUAUCGGUUGGCAGGCCGAAGAGAAAUUCAGGGCAAAGGUCAUAGGCAUGUAUUCUUAAGCAAGCAGGGCCGGUCCAUCGGUGCUGUGAUACCUCAACCAAUGAACUCGUUUUAAAAUUGUCUAUUUUAGAUUUCUUUAUUUUUCUAGCUAUAUCAAUAACUUUUAUCUAAUUGAAAUAAUUUACUUCCUUCAUUUAAUUUAAAUAUAAAUACUUUCAAGAUAGCAAAUAAGCGGCAUUUUCAAAACCUUAACCCGUACAAUAGCAAAGUACUUGGAUAAUUUUUGAAUUUGUGACAAAUCUAAUCAUCAUAUUUUAACUCCGAACUUUACCAGAAGUUGCAAACCAUCUUAUUAUUUUAAUUACAUGAGAAUACAUCGGAAUAUUUAAUUGCUUAAUGCGUUCAAAUUCGAAAUAAAUAUCAAUUUAACUUAAACGUGUCUUCCAACUAUUGAUUAAAUUAUUUGUGGACUAAAGCAGAAAAAGUUGCAGAAAAGCCACAAAAUGUAUUAACUUUAGUCCUGAAUAAACUCAUCUCUUUCAGAAUGUAUUUGUACUCUUUAAAAAAGGCGACGUUUAUAAUUGUAAACACUUGAAAAAAAUGGCUAGUUAGUGCUUAUGGCUAACUAGCUGUACCAAAAUUAAGGAACAAGGGCAGUACCAAAUAAAAAUAAUGUUUUAAUGGUCAUUUUAAUUGAGGAACAAAUCUAAAAGCAUUUUAUAAAUUCAAUGAUUCUUUUAGCAAUGACGACGUAUUCACAUUUUACCUAAUAUCAGACAUUGUCUUAGUAUACAGUUAGUUUUGCUCCCCAAUAGUUAAUUAUUCGUUUAUUGUAGCAUCCACUGAGAAAAGUUGUUAAAUACAGUAGAUUACAAAUAUUACAUUAUAAUGACUAUUCAUAGUGAACAUUUGGGAAUACUUUAAUUUUAUUUCAGUGCUAACUAAAUUAGGUAAUUUCCAAAUGCGACUAAUACGUCAUACUGACAUAAUUACAUAAAUUUAACUAUUUACAUUUUUAAGAAAACUUAAUCUGAAGCAAAAUAUGAAAAAUCAAUCAAUUAACAGACAAAAAGUUUCAUGUCACAUUUCAUUAGCGUUGCUUCAGAUACAAUUUUUUUAUAAUCGUCGGUUCAAUAGUUUUGCAUAUUUUGCAGUAAUAUAGAGUCAUACAUCUAAACUUAUAUUAAAACAUUAAGAACUAUUUAAAUUAAUUUACUGGCGAUGAUAAUAACCCCGUAGUUACUUUAUUUAUCAAAAAAAUGUAACUUUGAUUAAAAUCAAUGUUGAGAAAUUAACCCUUUGAGUUUAAGUAUCGCAUAUUGAAAAACGAAUUUUCUUUUAGAAAUAAUAUCCUACAUAACAAUUAGACCACAUACAACUACUUAAGAAAUAUUAGAAAAUAAUUUGGCUAACGUUUCAAAAAGACCAGCAAACAUAACGUAACUUAAUAUUAAAGGUAUUACAUAUACUUAGCUUAUAUAUAAACAUAAUGAAAUUGGCACAUGGAAGUACAACUCCAAUGUAGAAUAGUACACAAAACAUGACCAUCAUUAAUUAUGAUUUCGUUUAUCAUUGCCUAGACAUUGAGGUUUGUACAUAAUCAAAUGCGAUACUAAACAUCUAUUUCGGGAUUAUGGUAGUGUACAUUUAAAUCGUCCGAAGUAAAAUGUGUUCAGAAGCAGUGCAAACACAUACAAUCACCGUUGCAGUGGCAGACUAGGAAGGUGAUUCGCACCACCAACACCACUACCAAUUCUUAUCCUUCACAUUUCCAGUAACUUUCCAUUAAUUCACACAGAUAAUAUAUCAAUCUUCUAUAAACCUUAUUCCUGUACAACUUGCCUUAUGAUUUUGAACCAUAAUGGUGUUACCACAAGAUACUGUUUGACGUGCACUCGAGGACACCGUCUUGCGGUAACAAUGGAUUUACUUAGUAAAAUAGUUAAGAAAGGCCAGCUUUCAUUUUAGAUAAGUUCUCCUACUUGGCUUAACAUGUUAAACACAUUUUAACACAGAAUUCGUUACAAACUAUAUCGAUGCUUGAAACUAGUAUACAACAGUUGAUUUUCAAUUAAUGACUUUCAUUUCAAAGUCUGGGCUAUGUUUUUAUAAAGUAUUUACUGUUAAGAAAGAAAACAAAUACAAAACUUGUUACAUUAGCUGUACCUAACAAAGAGUAAUUUAUUCUGUCAUCUUCGUUACAGCUUCUGAUUUUAUUAUCUGGCCUAAAUUAUCAAGUGCCAUGAUGGAUGGGGAACUAUAGACUGUAAUGUUGAUGGUUUCAGUCCUGUCCGUACAAAGGAAAAUUAUACAAACUAAAUAAUUUCUCAAAGUUAUCAAGUAUUAAAAAAUCGUGCAUUAUGUAAAGAAGCAUUUCAUCAAAAUAAAUAAUUUAACUGUCUGUACGAUAAAAUAGCUACGAUGAAAACAGAAUGAAAUACUAACGAUAGCCACAAACAAUUGAAACAAGGUAACUAAUAUUUAAGAAAGACCCGCUUUCAUUUUAGAUCAAAACUAUCGCCUACGCGGAAUGACAUGUAAGACAUAAAACACGUGAGAAAUAAUUACACUAGCUUGAAAAUAUUAUACAACAGUUAAUUCUGUAUAACUCUUUCCUCACUGGUCGCCAACAAAAGCUGCGAUAUUAUACAAAAUAUUACAAAUAUUAAUCGAGUUAAAAAAAAUCAAGUCUCGCAAGUUUUGAAAAUCUACAGAUUAUAAUGUUUAUUAUUCUGACUACUGUUCUAUGAUAUAUGAAUAGAUUAAUCGCAAUUCCGCUCAAAUAGUCUAAGACGUAAAUGUUGUAAUGAAAUUAACAAAAAAAUAU